AUGCGGCAUCGUAAACUGCCAUUGAGAUUUGAGACCUUCACUUCCUUUGCCAAAUGCCUUUCAUUGAUACAUAUUACGACAUUCCUGUCUAUUCUUCUACUCUUCCUCUUUCUUAACUUGUGUUUGAGCCCAAUUCUAGCAUUGGAAGUUAUAUCGGAUUGCGAGGUUCGAAGGCCGAAAUCUGCCACAGGACAUUACAGACCUCUAAAUCAAACUCGUCAAGAUUUCACUAACGUUUUAGCGCAUUGCAACGCGAUCAAUCACAACCGAAAAAUGCUUGUCAAUAACAUCUCAGAUCCCGGUUAUUUGAGGAAUAAAAUUCCAAUUGUAAAUUUUGGAAUACAUUUAGCUUCAAAUGGAGUUUUUGGAUUUGGUAAUAUGCUUCCCUCCUUUGACAUAGCCAUCGAAAAAAUUACUCAAAUCCCAGCUUUUCGUGGAGUGUACUUCCAUGCUGUUCCGAUAAUCUAUUUUGACUGGCUUGCUUGCGACACAUUAGCAGUUCUGGAAAAGUUUGCUAAUCGAGAAGUGAAUGUCCUCGUUGGUCCACUUAAUGACUUCGCUCUCGCUUCGGUUGCGCGUUUAUCAUCAGCAUUUUACAGAAUACCUAUUCUUACUCCUUGUGCUUCAUCUGUUGCCCUCUCGGAGAAAAAUGAGUUUGCUUUGUUGACUCGAACUUACUACACUCAAACAGAUUUGACUUCUGUUCUUCAAGGGAUUUUUAAUUAUUUUAAAUGGCUACCAAAUAAUAAUACACCGGUUGGAGCUUUGAUUAUGAAACCUAAAACUGUCACCUCUGGUUUUAAUUCCGGGUGGGAUGAGUAUUUUGCAAAUCAAGCCCUGGAAAGUUUCAUGAAGAAUUACUACUACCACAAAUAUCAAAUAGACGACAUCAGGGAAGGCCUGGUAACACUUCAGAAAUACCAAAAUCUCGCUCGAGGUAAGAUAAAUUAA